AUCGUGACCAGCAUCUCGCCUACCAAAGGUUCAGCUCGGGGAAGUGAGGUGAUAACUGUCCACGGCAGCGGAUUUUCAAUGGAGUUUUCGUAUGUUUGCAAGUUCGGAUCACUUUCGGUGAAGGCGACUGUCAUGAGCUUAAAUGAGCUGAUAUGCUUGAGUCCAACA